AAAAAAUUUCCAGAAUCUAUCAUAAAUUUGACAAAACCAACAAAAAAAGUAAUUUUAAUUAAUUUGUGGAGCAUUCCAAAAGUCUUCGACGCCAUGAGUUUCGAAGUGCAAAUCUGCCGAACGUGCUUGAGUCGCGAAAAGGCAGAAAACACGAAAAAUAUCCUUACCGAUUAUCUGCAGCUGACAACUUACUCGAUGAAAGUGAGCAUUGUGGAGGCUCUCCUCGAAAUUACCAAGAUGAUUGUGGACACAAACGAGUCCCUGACGCACCGCAUUUGCCUCACGUGUGUCCGAAAACUGCGCCAAGCCUACUUGUUCCGCAUCAUGACGACAAAAUCGUACGAAACGCUUUGCGAAGUCACCGACAUGGACCAAAUUCCGUUCAAAACGGACGACGAACGAUCAUUUUACAUGCAAGAACCCAUCAAAGAAGAGGACAGCGAGAUGCUGGAAGAGGAAAUGGUCGUCGAGGAUGAUCAAACGACGGAAUAUUUGCAACUAAUUGACGACACGGAGGAAUAUGACGCUGACACACAAGCCAAAAUUACGAUCCAAAUAAAGAAGGAAGACAUGGAAAACGGCGAAAUUCGUGAUUUUAUCGACAUUUCGACGAAAAAACCCGUGAGAAUUGUCAAAAAAGUGGUCGUGCAACAACCACAGCCUCAAACCGCGACAAGAACUCAAGCAGCAAAACGAACGCCAAAUAAGAAGGAAACGCUGAAAGACGGAAUAAUUUAUUGUGACUUGUGCCCGGCGACUUUUAAGAAUAUUCGAGCGUGUUUCAUUCACAUGAAAAAGUAUCACAUGUCGAAAAAACCCUAUAAAUGUUGGUACGAAGGAUGUGGGCGCUUGUACAAGUCAGCGGGACAACGGAAAGCGCACGAGAAUUCGAUUCAUUUGAAGUUGAAGCGAUUUGUGUGCGCAACUUGCGGCAUGUCGUUCACGGAUAAUCCAAAGUUGACGAGUCACACGAGGAUUCAUACGGGCGAAAGGCCUUACAAGUGUGAUUUCCCCAACUGCACGGCCCAGUUCAAGCAACAAUACGAUCUGACGAAGCACAAACACAGCAUUCACUCGACCGAAAGACCCUGGAUUUGCGAAGAAUGCAACGCCACAUUCAAGCUCAAAGGCGGCUUACGUGCCCAUCGGCGUCUCAUGCACAGUCGCGAAAACCUGAAAAAGUGCUCGGACUGCGAAAAGGAAUUUUUGAACAUUGCCGCGUUGAACAAUCAUUACGCCAUCAUCCAUUUGGGGCAACGGAACCACAUUUGUCCGAUUUGCGAUCGAACGUACGCCUAUCGCAAGCACAUGUUGCGUCACGUGAAAGAGAGUCACGCACAGGAAUACGCGCAAAUGGUGAGCACUGGCGAAAUUGCGAUUCGCAUGAAGGAACAACUGCUGCCACAGGCAAAGGCAGAGGCACACUAAACGUCGAUUGUACUUGGAUAAGUUAUGAAUGGAGUUAAAAUAAAAGAAAAAUA